AAAACAACAACAAGUGCUAAAAAUCAAAAAACCAAAGAAAAAUUCCAUUAAAUGACAUUGAAAUUUCAUCCAAAGCUACAUUCAGAGCUAUUAGACAUCUGUUCGGAUGCGGGAACGAUGGAAAAUUGCAUUGAAUUUCAAGAAAUCGCAACUUUGCUGAAUACCGCGAAUGAUUUUGUCAAAGAUUUCACUAAAAUUCGUUUCAAAGGAGGCAACGAACGAUACAUUCAAGAAAUCGCAAAUCGUCUUGCCACGCAUUUCAAACGUUCUGACUUCGCCACAGAGGAUGAUGGAAAGCUCGUUGUUACAAAUUGUGAUAAAAUUCGCAAAAUUUUUUGGUAUAUGAUGUUAAAUACGGAACGAACUUACACAAAAACCUUUCAAAAUGACCCGAAUUUAAGUCAUUGUCUCGGAACAUUGCCAAAAAUGACUCCAUGUUUGCUUCUCGAAGUACUUUGGGCCACAAAUUUGGAUCAAUUCAUCUUGGAAAUUGUCUCGUAUGCGCCUUCUUGGUUCAUUGUCGCUUGGUUUGACGAUAUUUUGGAGUCAUUACGAGCUAUGGAGCCUUUUUCUUUGCUCGAACGUGUACAAAAAUUGUUAAAAGCUGUGCUCGUGCACUUGAAAGAGUUGUGCAACGCAACGAUGGCAUGGGAAACAAAACAAAAAUUUUUGGAAAAUAUUUCGGAUUUCAUUGCGGCGCUCCUGUGUCACUUUAAUACGCCUCCCGGAGAGUUAGAGAAAUGGUCUCAGAUGAAAAAGAGCAAAUAUUACGGGUUUGUCAUGUAUUAUUUGUUAUCUGUAACGCAAAAGGGGAUGUUAAUGUAUGGCGGCGAGGAUGAAAAAUCGAAAAAUAUCGAAUUAGAGAAAUUCUAUGGAAUAAAAGUCGAUGUCAAGGACGAAAAAAGUGUGAAACAGGAAAAAAACGUGGAAGAAUUCAAUCACGAGAAGACAUUACAGGAAAUUUGCAACAUGUUCCUUAACACAUUGGAAAACAUCGCAAUGCUCAUUGACGCCAACAUGUACAUCGAUUGGUUCGAAAUUGAUUUUCCCGAUCCGCGACAUCUCAACGACGAAUAUACCUUGCAACACAUAAUUUCGCAUCUUGCACAUUCCCUCAUCGACUUACAAUGGAGCACCGUUACCCUCAAACAUGACGUCUUUCCAAAGCUUCAAAGUAUUCAAACGCCGCCGCAAUCCACGGAGGAAUUCGCCAAAUCAAUGAAUCUCGGACCUUUAAUGGAAAAAUUAGACAAUCACAAAAUUUUAUCAGCUGAAGACGCAAAAAUACUUUUGGAAGAAUUUUUAUCGCGCGACAUGAUUUACAACAAUGAGGAAUGUUUGGAAACUUUAAACAAUUGUCGAAAAAUGCUGAAUGUCGGAAAUUGUUCUUUAAUUAUUAAAAAAAUUGCAGAAAAUGACGAAGAAGAGUUCGAAGACAGUUGCAAAGAAAAACUUGGCGAAAUAUUAUCAGAAGUGAUAAAUUCCAUGAGCGAAACGGAAAUUUAUGAAUUUCUCAAGUCACAAAAUGCAUAUUUUUCAAAGCCUUAUGUGAAUAUCGAGUUCGAUGUUGAUCUCGAUGACGUUUUAUACGACUCAGAUACAGAAAUUUUAAAAAUUUUGAAAGCUGUAGCAAAAAAUCCAAAGCAGUUCCUUUCCAUGUCACGUGAUAUCGUCACAAAUUCGCAAAAAUUCCAUCCCGACAUCCAUAAACGACUCAUGGAGCAUUACGUUAAAGUUCUUUCUGUGAUUGCAACGAAAGUUUCCGAGACUUUAAGUGUUUUUAAAGCAUCUUUAAAUGCUUUGAUGGAUAUUUCCGACUCAGCGGCAGUUGGAUUUUUCUUCAGCAAAGUGUAUAAAUGUUCGAUUUUCGCUCAAAAAGAUUUUGUGAAGGGAUUUCUCAUCGAAAAUAUCGCAGAUACAACCGAUGGACAGAAAAUUUUGAACGUUUCUCAAAUUUUACUGAAGAUUUUGGACAACGACGCUGUUAGUUUAGCCAAAUAUUUGCCCAUGUUGGUAGUUGCUUUUGGAUUUUUACUUGAUAAAGUUCGUAAUUCACUCGAAAACUAUGGAGAUUUGGCAAGUUCGUUGUUAGAAGCUGUAACUGCCGUCAUGCAUAGACUUGUUAAAGUUUUUCUUCCCAUCGCGACUUCAGAACAAAAACUUUUUGUUCAACUCCAACUAAAAGAAGCUCAUCCGCUGACAAAAUAUUACCUGCAAAAGCUGGAUCUCGAAAAAGGACAAGAACAAGCAACUUUAGAGCGAUUUUUGCAUCCCGAUGGCUUCAAUGCGAUGGAAAAACGUCUUCUCACAGCUACUUUUUGCGAAUACCUCACUAAAUGUACUCGCAAGGAACUAACUUUGCUCACGAAGAAUCACGAAAUUCGUCAUUAUUUCACGGAUGCCAUGCUAAUUAUUGUCGUUAGUUUAUCAGAACAGACAAAAACUUUGGAAUUUGCGUUGAAAAAUUACUCGCAUCUCUUUCAAAUGAUGUCAAAUGAGGAAAAUAUUGGAGCGCAAGAAGCUUUAGCUCUGUUGAAAGGCGUUGUAAAGAUCUUUUGUGCCUUACCGGAGGAUCAGAAGGAAGUAACAGCUUAUGGAAUAGUACCGCAUUUGAAGAAACUCGUUGAACGAAUCGUAGAAAAGGAUGAAAAUUCGAAAGAAAUCGUCGAAAGUGAAUUGGCAAAAACUAAUAUUGCGGUUUUUAAGCCUGAAAUUAUUUUUGCAACGAAAUAAGAUGAGAAAUAUUA